GCGCUGCUUGUCGCCAACACUGACUCCUGUGGCUUAGCUAGGAGUACUGUGAUGCUAAUGGUAGCUAACGUGUUCAGCUCGCUGUACUGUAUCCAUUUAUUUAUAGCUGAGUCAAAUUAUGGCUUAGGCGCGUAGAGCAUCUGGCGAAGCACCUUGUUGGUUGAUAAUAGAGCCUUAAUUAUAACCCGAGCUUCCUCAGGUUAGCUUCCUAUCAAGGUGCGCCUAACAUUUCCAUUAGAGGAAUGCUGCUUCCUGAUUCCAAACUCCUGAAAGAAGUUCAUUUACAUAGCAGCUGACCGAGUUUCACAAGGCUUUGUGUCCGUGGCAGCACAACACUCAGACAACCGGUUGGACAAGCUCAGUCUCUCAUGUCUUUGUUUGGGAUAAGGCAGCAGAGGGACUAUAUGUUCUUAAAAGCGCUGCGUCCUAAAUGGAUUUCUUCAACGCGUCAGGUUUUGGUUUCCCGCUGUGUAAUGUGUCCUGUGUCGCCGGUUGCCAGAACUGCUCCUUUGGAGAGCAUCUUCCCUGCUUGGUGGUAGAUGUGAAAAAUCACUCCCACACAUCCAGCAUCACCAUGGGUCAGGACCGGGGGAAGUACGAUUUCUACAUCGGCCUGGCUUUGGCCAUCAGCUCCAGCCUCUUCAUCGGUGGAAGCUUCAUCCUGAAGAAGAAAGGUCUUCUGAGGCUGGCUAAGAAGGGAUCGAUGCGGGCAGGACAGGGCGGUCAUGCAUAUCUUAAAGAAUGGUUGUGGUGGGCUGGUUUACUAUCAAUGGGCGCUGGGGAAGCAGCCAACUUUGCAGCAUACGCUUUUGCCCCUGCCACCCUGGUCACGCCCCUGGGAGCCCUCAGCGUGCUCGUCAGUGCCGUGCUGUCGUCAUAUUUCCUGACUGAGCGGUUAAACCUGCACGGGAAGCUGGGCUGCCUGCUGAGCAUCCUGGGCUCCACCACCAUGGUCAUUCAUGCGCCGAAGGAGGAGGAGAUCGACAGCCUGGAGGACAUGGCCAAGAAGCUGGUCGACCCAGGGUUUUUGUUCUUCGCCACUCUUGUCAUCUUCGUGGCUCUCAUCUUCAUCUUUGUGGUCUCCCCGCGCCACGGUCAGACCAACAUCCUGGUUUACAUCACCAUCUGCUCCGUGAUCGGGGCGCUCUCCGUGUCCUGCGUCAAAGGCCUGGGCAUCGCCAUCAAAGAGGGCAUCGCCGGCGUCAACGUGUUCAAGAACCCCCUGGCCUGGAUCCUCCUCCUGGGUCUGGUGGGCUGCGUGAGCACGCAGAUCAACUACCUGAACAAGGCCCUGGACAUCUUCAACACCUCGCUGGUGACGCCCAUCUACUACGUGUUCUUCACCACGUCCGUGCUCACCUGCUCCGCCAUCCUCUUCAAAGAGUGGGAGCACAUGGGCGCCGGCGACGUGAUCGGCACCCUCAGCGGCUUCCUCACCAUCAUCGUGGGCAUCUUCCUGCUGCACGCUUUCAAAGACAUCAGCGUCAGCUUGGCGACGCUGUGCAUGUCCAUCAGAAAGGAGGAGCGCGCCGGCGCCCCGGCGGCCAACGGCUCGGCCGCUCACACCAACUACGAACUGCUGCAGGACGAGUCCACAGAGGACAUGGAGGACAGGGGUGUGCCUUUCGACAGCGUCUCCAGGAGGAACGGAGCAAUGACUUCCUCUUUAGAUGCUUAAGAAACGGUUUUUGGUUUUUUGUUUGUUUGUUUUUUUUGUCUUCAGACUCAACCGUUGCGUUGGUGCCGAUAGCUUCUAAAAUAAUGAGACAAUCAACUGUGAGGGGAGGAAGGGGGGACACGGAUGGACCAGUAGAUUGUAUUUGUUUUAAUUUGCCUUAAUUUACUCAGACUGUCGUAUUUGGUUAUAGCUGGGGGUAAGUAACUUAUGAGGAAAAGUUUUUUACAUAUUGGUUAAAACUGUCACCAUGUCCACACAGUACAACACAGAUAACCUGUGAAUACAUCGAGCUCCUCCACUUCAUAUUAGUGCUACUGGUGCCGUCUGAAGGAAUGCACUACUCCUAGUCAGAAGCAACCUUUGAACUUUACAUCAUGUUAUAAAGUUAUUCCCUCAUCAAAAAAUACUCCUGGAGUGUUGCCUUGACUCUUUCAUGCAUGUUUGAGAAAUCCUUUCAUUGCCCGUGGCAACCAUUCAGCUGUGCAAAACAUCUGGUUGGCGCUAGCUCUGCCUGUAAGGCGUAGCUCCUCCUUGGAGAUGCAGUUUACAAGGUUCCGCCUCGCAGAGCAGCUUUCUCCCAUACUCCUCCACUCAGCGGCAGCAAUAGAGGAGCCAUGUUGCGAUGACUUCCUGAAGGCGGAGUUUCAAACAGAGCAGGUGUUUUUAAAGAGACAGAGGUCCAAUUUUAAGGCGUUUGAAUUAGGAAAUAAAAUUUCUUUUAGGUUGUAUUUGACACAUGUAGCGUUUUUAUAGCAACUCAAGUUAACAUAGUUACUUUAUUGAGCUCUAAAUGACACUAUAAGGCUGGAAAAUAUAUAAUGGAGCGCAAGCUCUGCUUUUAGCCAUGCGUCGUUCUGUACCCUCGCUAAGGGUGUUAACCUGUUGUGGUUAUGAUUAUGCAAGUGUGCAGCAGUGUGUGUGAGGAGAUAAAGAAUAAUAAAGCAAGGAUGCAAAAAUCAUACUGCCAUAACACGCCGCUGCUAAAUGCGCAAAUGGUGGAGAAACAACUUACCAUUACAGGAAAGCCGUUUAUCCGCUGUCAUCUGUGGCUAUGCUAACUAGCCUUAGCAUUCAUGGCAUGCUUCGCUGUAGCGUCCCUCUGGCUUUGAUUGGACGACUGAGCUGUGUACGUCAGUAGUUAGUCAUAGAAGGCAGAGGAGCUCUAUUUUCUGUUUCAGAUUAUCUGAGUGUAAUUGUAUAUUGUCACGACUGUGAUAGUUUUAAUAAAUAUGCAAAUCCAAAAAACACAUUUAUAAAAGUCACCUACCCUGGCUAUAACUGACCUGCAUUCCUCUGUAGCUCUGUAAAUAUUUUCUAAAGAAGUGCUUUGUUAUAUGUACAUGGAUUUUCACACACUGACCUUCUUUCUAUGAAUCAAAAUUAUAAAGCUAAUAUAUUCUGGUUUGAGGACCUGCUGACAAUGACAUUUUGACAAGAACCUCACUAUGAUUGACAGUUUUUUUUUUUGUGAUACUUGAAAGUAAUUUAUGUUUGGAGUCUGAUCUGGAGUAAGGUGGGGAAACUUUUUACAUUAAAAAAAUCUCUUGACAAAAAAAAACAACAUUUGUUACAUAUUUAUUGAAUUAAAGUGAUUAAAGGAGUUCAAACAAGGCACAGUGAAUAAUUUGCUUAACAUAAUAAGGAUGAGGGUUAUUUCUCAUUAAUCUUUAAAAUGUCUGAGCAUGCAUGUAGACAGUACAAAAUUACAAUUUUUUUCCUUUCUCAAAAAUAGGUUCACCCUUUUUUAAUGUUCCACCACAGCAAACCCUUAAAUACUCAUAAAACUAAUUUCCCUCCCUGAACUACAGCUACCUCCAAGUACAAAGGAAUAGCUCUUUCAACAAAGGGCGAUAUCUAUUCUUUUCUUAUAAGGCACAAGUGAAUAAUAA